UUGGCAUUCAUGGUACUGUGUUGCAGCUAUUACUUCUUGCGUUCCAUGAAAGUGCGCAUUCCUCGAGGCGUUGCAAUGUUUAUUACAUCGCUACAGAUUCUCCAGUUUGUACUGAGUGUCUCAAUACUCGCGCAUCUUGGAAUAUUGAUUUAUAUACAAAAGAAGGGAAAUGAGAACCGCAUAGCUGUGGAAUUUGUUAAGGGCGUAACUUGCCACUGUAUUCCGAUGAGGUCAAGUGUUCAGGAAAUGUUAUUAGCCGUGAUUGACUGCGAAUCAGCAGAACAGGAAGAUUGCGAUUUCGACGACAAUAUUUUCAAACUGGCACUUUUCAUGGAUUUAACAUACUUGAUUCUUUUUAUUAACUUCUUCUGCAAAGCUUAUUUGUUUGGUGGCGGUAAGGCAAAAUACAAGCAACACUAA